AUGAGUCGUACGCCACGCGGGACUUCGAUUGGUCACCCCGGCAGAAGGACUGAGUGGUGCUGCGAGCACGAGGGCCGGGGCUGCGACGACCGCUCCAAGCCCUACGACUGCGACGCCGGCCUCAGCAAGUGGAAGUCGGGCUGGUCCGAAGGCAAGAAGGCCUGGUGCUGCCGGCACGAGCACAAGGCGUGCGAGGAUCGCAAACGGGCUCCGAGCCCUACGACUGCGAGGCGGGCUUCGACAACUGGAAGGCCGGCUGGUCCGAAGGCAAGAAGGUCUGGUGCUGCCAGUACGAGAGCAAGGCGUGCGGCGAGGGUUCGCGCCCCAAGGCCAACGCCACCUUCGACUGUGCGGACGGAAUCGGCAACACCAAGGACCGAGUGGGCCGUCGACAAGCAGAGCUACUGCUGCUCCUACGCCGGCAUUGGCUGCGGAGACGAGCCGUCGGGUGGAGACGAGCCGGGUGGAGACGAACCGUCGUGGUCGCACUCGGGGGACCGAUCGGACCCCUUCGACUGCUACUCGGGGUACGUCUACACGAAUUGGAAGAAGACCUGGUCUUCGUCAAAGAAGAAGUGGUGCUGCGAGCAGGACAGCUCCUUCUGCUCGGACGGCGGUGAGCGCCCGCACGGCGACGGCGGCGCCAGGACCAUGCCGUCGACAAUCACACGACCGCUCGGCUGUACGACUGCUCGGCUGGAGCGGACCGGUGGCGCUACGAGUGGUCGGUCGGCAAGAAGGUGUGGUGCUGCCUGCAGGAGGGCAAGGCGUGCCAACGGAUCGUCGCCGAUGACAGGCCGCCUGGUCGUGAUAACCACUCGAAGCGUGAGUACGACUGCGACUCGGCAGCUGAGAACUGGCAGAUGGCCUGGUCCGUCGGCAAGAAGGAGUGGUGCUGCCAGCGCGACAGAGGCGGCUGCAGCCCGAGCCUCCACGGGCUCUUCGAGGCCGCGCCGCCGGGGCGGCGGCCCGCGGACGGCGGCGGGGCGCAGGCGGUGGCGCUGCCAGGGGCGCCACUGCGGUCGUCGGCGCCGCUGUGCGUGGGCGCCGCCGCCCUGUUGGCCGCGGCGCUGCUGGCCAUCGGCUGGGGCCGCCGCGGCCGCUGGGCGCUGCAGGAGCACCACCACGUCCCACUUCAGAGCUAACGCUAGGUGCAAGCGGGCUUGUCUUGGAGCGAUGAAUCCAUCCGCCCUCGCCGCUGCUUGCGGAGGCAGAGCUGCCGCGGUAGUUCUUCGGCCCACUGCGCGGUAA